AUUCUUGCUGGUCCCCUUUAUUAUACCUGCCUGUGGAUAUUUAAAUCUCUAACAAUCUCACAGGAAGGUCCUUUACUGGUCAUUAUCUUGAAGUAGGAAGAAAGGGUCUGAGCUGUUUCUCUGUUGACCCAUUGCCUGCAGUUUUUAGCACUGGUGGUAACACAGAUAACACAACUAAAAGAAUCCGGUGUCUUUGUGUGUGUUAAUUUCUGUAAUCCUCACAGCAUCUCGUGCAAAUGCUAAACCACUGUCUCUGAUUUGCAUAUGGGGAGAGGAAGUAAAUUGUCCAAUGACUCUCACCUAUGUCAGGAGUAUAUCAGUCGGGAAUCAUUUCCAGGGAGUGCAGAUUCAGAUCAUGUUUGAACCUUGUUAUGCUCCUUAGGUUUCAGAGGAAAGCAGAAGAAUCAUAAAAUGCAGGAGGACAAUGAGAACAAUAGAUCCACAUCACUGAUAUCCCCCAAAUCAGAGUGGGCUCUGAAUAUUCACAUACUUUGUUCCUAUAUUUAAUUACUUACUGAUUUUUAAUACAUAUAUAUUAAUUUAUUUUUUGUUGUUGGGGAUGUAUCUGGUCUACGCCUGGCUGUGCUCAGGGCUUAUUCUAGGCUUUGAGUUCACAAAUCAUUCCUGGCCAUGCUUUUGGGACCCUAUGUGGUGAAGAGAUCAGAUCAGGGUCGUCUUCAUGCAAGGCAAGUCCUGUACUAUAUCUCCUGCUUAAUACAUAGGAUUUUUUUUCAAAGGAAGAAACAUUUAUUACAUUUCUUAUUUUUAAAUAACAUUUUUUAAAGAUUUAACAAAUACAACUCUAACAACUCAUACCAUUGUUCAAAAGAUACAAGAGUCAGUAUUGCUGCAGAGCACAGAAAGAAUCUGAGUUCUGAAUUUCAGCGGCUGCUUCCUUUACAUCCUCAAAACAACCUUGUUUACUAACCUGAUGGUCCACUUUCCUUCACUUUUUUUUCUUUUUGGGUCACACCUGGCUAUGUACAGGGGUUACUCCUGGCUCAUGCACUCAGGAAUUACUCCUGACGAUGCUUGGGGGACCACAUGGGAUCCUGGGAAUUGGACCUGGGUCGGCCGCAUGCAAGGCAAACACCCUACCCGCUGUGCAACCACUCCAGCCCAUCCUUCCUUUCUUGCCCCUUCCCCUUCCCUUUGCUUCUUUUUCACUCCAUCUUCUCAAUCCCUUUUCCCUUCUUCCUUCUCACUUCCCCUCCCCUUCCCCUUACCUUACCAUCCUCUAUAGCACUAAGGAUAGAAGACGGUCACACACAACAAACACACAGGCCAACACACUAUGACUCUACACACUACAGAGCAGGCGCUCUGUCCCUGAGCCUCUGCUAAAGUAGUUCUCAGUUUACAUGAAAAGAGGUUGACUUGCUCCUGUCUUUGUGUCCCUACCUUAUUUUCUGCUUUAAUAAGUUCACUCAUUCCUUUCCACAAUCGCUUAAGACAUGCAGGAAAAUUUUUACAUUUCCAUAUUGGAGUGCAUUUCCAUAUUAUUAUCAAAAUCAAUUUUGUAUCUAUAUUGGCAUCCUCUCAUGUCACUUGACGCUUCACCACCACAGGAAAUACAAUGUUGAUACAUGUUCACAUUCUGAAACAUUUACUAACUGCCAGAUUCGAAAUUCUCCAGUAUUCUCUCCUAGGAUGAUGAUCUCUGAAGUAGACACCAUUAUCCCCCUAACCCACAGAUGAAAACAGGGAGGAGGAGGUUCGAGGUCACUUAAGAUAAAAGGAGAUCUGUGACUUGAACUCAAGCAUUCUGAUCCUAAAAUUCUAAUCCUUAUCAAUACUCAUCAUUGGAGCACUGUCGUCCCAUUGUUCAUCUGUCCCAUCCCGCAGAACCGGAUAAUGGGGUUCACAAGGAUAGGAUGCAAGAGUGAUAGGGAGAGGGGAGACAAACACAUACAGAGCGAGGUGAGCAAAAGCUACUUUAUUGUAACUCCACAGCGCUUAUGUAUGCUUAGGCUUCAAUCUACUUGCGUCAUGGCCUUAAGGUAAAACUAGAAGUAACUAAUGGCACCGGGGCAACUAGGGGACAUAACAAUAGAUAUCCAGAAGGCUGAUCUAUCUGUUCCUGUUGGCUAACCAUCCUGCUCUUGUAAAAAUGUCCCAGUCCUCCGGUUCUUAUAUAGUGGCUUUUUCAACCUGUUUGUUUGACCACAAGCUAUAUGCUGAAGGCCCGCUCACCACAUUCAUUGAUUUCCUUGAGCAGGCACCAGUAAAGUCUCUAUUAGAGACUUGUUGUUACUGUUUUUGGCAUAUCAAAUACGCCAUGGGGAGCUUGUCAGGCUCUGCUGUGCAGGCGGGAUACUCUUGGUAGCUUUGCCAGGCUCUCUGAGAGGGAUGGAGGAAUCGAACUCGGGUCGACGUAUGCAAGGCAAACACCCUACCACUGUGCUAUUGCUCCAGCCCUCAUCAAUCUACACAAAUACUAUCAGCCCCUAUUUUCCUUGUGUCUUCUGCCAAUGGGUGUGAAGAGAAGGGAAGAGGCUCAUGAGUCUCUGUAUGCUCUGUUUCCCGCACAUAUGCAAGCAGCAUUUGUUUUGUAUCAAGUCAUCUACUGAGAAACAAUUCCUUGUGAAAUCAGCACUGCAAUUACCACUAAAUCAAACUCAAAGGAUUAAGGAAGUGACAUAUUGUUCACAUUUGUAAACUUGCAGUAAUUUAUUCAUCACACACUGUGUGUCAGGGAUUUUUAAAGAAAUUGGGGUGUACUGGUGAAUAAUAGAGAGAAAAUAGUUGCUCUUAUAAAAUUAUCUAUUGGGGGAAAUAAGAGUCAAAGAGACAUAACAGAUAACUAAACUGAUAUAAAAGAAAGUCAUUUGUUCUGGAAAGAACUAUGUGCUGAAAAAGGUAAAGGAACAAACAUAAUAACCUCUCAUUAUCUGUAUUGUAAACCAUUAAAGCAGAGAGAGUGAGAGAGAGACAGAGAGACAGAGAGAGAUGAGAGAAGGAAAUUGCCUUCUUUAAAGACAGGUUGGGAAGGGGGACACAGAGGCAGGAGGGAAACUAGGGAAGGACAUUGGUGGUGGGAAACGCGCACUGCUGGGUUAAUGGGUACUGGAAUAUUGAUGACUGAAACUUGACCCAUGAAGAGCUUUGUAACUUUUGAUCUCAUGGUGAUUUAACUAAAAAAUAAAUAUUUUAACUUUUUUAUUGAAUCACUGUCAGAUAGACCCAAUAAAUAAAUUUGUGAUUUGAAAAGUGCAAAGUACUAUGGACAAAAUACUUGAGAGUACAAUAGUAAGAUGAAUGAGAUGUGUUUUAAAUACGUUUGAUAGUUAUUAUGGAAAAGGCAAAUUUGAGCAAAGCUUCCAAGAAAGUACAGGAUGGACUAUAGGGAUUUCUGAUGGAAAGUAACAGGGAACAGUGUGCAAGGACUCUGAGAAAAAAAUUCUUCCUAUUAUGCUCAAGGAUUUGACUUUGCGUUCAUCUUGCUCAUUUUAUUUUUGCAGUGUUAAAAAAAUGUGUUUGACCAUUCAGGGUUUUGCUGAGGGAAGCCACUUGCUCCAAGAUGAGUAUGAAAUUAUCCUACAUUGAGAAUGGACUAAACAACAGAGAUAGACACAACUGGAAAAUUUCAGAAUUCACGAGUUUAUGCACACAAAACAAGUUGAUGAAACAAGUCAGUAGUUAGUAGUUACAAAGUCAAGAGCUCGGCUCUGGGACGUGAGCUGAUGAGGAGUCAACAAGAUUUCCUGGUACACAAUGCUGGAGUGGGAGAGAGAAACCCAAGGGCUUGGAUCUGAGAUCUGGGAGAAUCAAGCUGAUAGUGAGGGCAUGGGAGGAAAUGAGGAUUCAGGUCCGGGAUGUUACUGUGUGAUGUUUACUUCCAACUAUGAUCACGGCCCAGGGGAAUUGUACAAAAAGUCCAGAGUCUUAUCUAGAGUGUGAUCGUGAGAAUUAUGGAUCCACAGAGGGAAGAGUUUCUCUACUGUCAAGUUUCUGUCAACUUUCUGGUUUCUCUUCUUCCCUCUCUCCACUCUUCAGUUCACUGGUCUCACCAAGGUUCAGUCAUAGUUAUUUCCACUUUGUCACAUAAACAGUCACUUUUGUCACACAGCUUUCCAUUGUCCAAUCAUCUUCUCUUAUUUUUAUGUUUAAAAAUUUAGGUUUGAGGCCACAUCUGGUGAUGUCCAGGUUCUGUGCUCAAGGAUCACUCCUGGGGGUGCUCAGGGCACCAUAGGCAGUGCCAGGGCAUUGAAUCAUAGUCAGCAGAACCUAGAACCCUGUACUAUCUCUGCAGCCCCCAAUCUUCUCCAGACUUAAAUCCAAACUGACAGACGCUCUGACCACAGUGACAAGCCUGGUGUGCCCGGUGAGAGCAGCACCUCCUUAGGAGCCAGCCCGGGCACACAGGGGCUGAGUGGGUGCACUCUACCCGCUCACAUAUGAAAAGGGGAACCACAACUCUGUAUCCUGUUUAGCACAAAGAAACAGAAAAAGAACAUUGCUAGGGUGCAGUGUCCCACAGACCUCACAAAGCAAUGAGGUUUGCAGUGUAAUAUUUUAUUUGGCACAAGUCAAACAAGUAUGGAGGUUAGAAAGCUGACAGGUCAGGGAUGAAACCUCUAGUAGGAGAGCGACCUCUCCCCUUGACUCCAGGGUCUAUUUAUACUUUAAGAAUCCAAGGGGCUUCCCUGAUCAUCUUGUGCACUCCCUGCUGACCAUUUCCUUGAUUAGUUUGUUGGUUAUCUCCACUGCCUUCAUGCAGGGCUAAUUCUGCUUUUUAGGCUGAUACCCAUAAAUGGGUGUUAAACAGUUCAAAUGACAGUUAUAGGAAAGCUGUUCUUUCCCAAAAUGGCUCUGGUGGCGCUGAUUAAGGCUAAGUAUUGUAGGAGGGGAAUAGGCCUUCACAACCUGGUAUUUACUCAUGGUCCAACAACAGGUUGAUCCUCUGAUGCAGAUCUUCUGCAAGAACCAUGAGACACUUCAAAUCACAGGAACCUUUUAGUUUUUCUAUGUGAUUCCAGAACAUGCCUAGUAUUGAAGAGGCAAACCAAUGGGAAAGUUCUUCACGUGGUGUGAAAAAUCAUGGAUGACUCAUGGUCCCUCAACUCGUAACUAAUUUUGUCCAAGGAAAACGAAUAACUCCAUUCUUUUCAGAACAUGAAUUUGAACAUGCUCCUUGUAUUCCUGGUCUCUCUUCAUAUUUAAAUAUCUAUUUAUAAGUAAUUUACCUGCCUCAGUAUAACAUACAUUAUAUUUUCCCCUUAACCAUUACUUCAAAUCAAAGACUAAUGACCUUAUUCUAACACGCACUUGUUAUUAUGUUAAUUAUACAUGCGAUGAACAAUCGUGUUAAAAGUACAUUUGACUUUACAUUUGACUUCAUUCAAUUAACAUAGUACUUAUUUCAAGAUUCAUUUGUAUUAUAGUCUGGAUCAGAAUUUGAUUAAUGAAUAGGGGUGCAAAUAUUCCAUUUUGUACACGUACUAGAUUCUGUUCAUUCAUUCAUUGCCGCGGCCCGGGCGGCCAACUUGAACCUUGGCCGGAGAGAGGGAAUGAGAGUUGAGUGGGCUAGGGAGGACUGCAUGCAAUAUACAGCAUACAGCAAGUUUAUUGAAAUCCAAGCGGGUUUAUAUAGUCUUAUUUUAGCAAUGAUCAGCAGGUUACAUAAGUGCUAUAAACAUUAUUAAUCAAGCUUUGCAAGAAACUUUAUUUUUGCCAAUAUUACUUGUUUUUCGGUUCCUUCUCUCAGCCUUGAGAAACAUGGGAAAGCAGAUGUGGCCUUGAGCAUGGCCAAGGCGGACGUGAGUCAAUCCUCCCUUCAGCCUCCUCUCGAGUCCAGCUGCCAGAGCAUGGUGGCCCUUUAACUUUUCUCUUGAGGCAGGUCUCCAGAGCAUGGUGGCCCUUCUACCCCUGUUCCAGGCUGGCCGCCAGAGUAUGGUGGCCCUUCGGGCGCCUGUCCAGGUCGGCUGUCAGGAGAUGACUCGCCCUCACACCAAGUUUCUCCAUACUCAUUCCUGUUUACAGGAACUAAGGAUUUGCAGCUUCCUCUCAGUACUCUGGCUGACCUCAGGAGAUGUGCAGUCCCAGGUCAUCUGUGAGGUCACCCACAUCACCCUACACAGGGGUUCUUCUCUCCGUGGGACGGCCAGCUUGGCUGAGACCAUCCGAGUUCCACCCACCUUGGAGGUCUCUCAGAUCCCCACAAUGGGCAACCAGGUGAACCUCAUCUGCCAGGUGAAGAAGUUCUACCCCCGGAACCUACAGCUGACCUGGCUGGAGAACGGAAAUCUGUCUCGAACAGAAAUGACCUCCCUCCUCCUAGAGAACAAGGACGGGACCUUUAACCAGACCAGCUGGCUCCUGGUGAACUCCUCUGCCCACCAGGAGAAUGUGGUGUUCACCUGCCAGGUGGAGCACGAUGGGCAGCUGUCGCUCACCAAAUCGCACACCCUGGACUCAAAUGAAUCUGGCAUCAGUUUUGCACUUCUGGAACAAAAUGCUGUCAGGAGGAAAAGAAGGAGAUGAAGGAUCUGAGAAAAAUUACAGACUUUCACCAUUAAGAUUUCUUUUGGGGUCAGGAAUUUCCAUUCUCAAACAUCAAGAAGUGAAGCCUCCCUCACUUCAAAUCUCCCUGAUCUGGUGACUCCAGGAGGCUGCCCACUGG